ACCAGGGAAAACUGGAGGAUCCUGACCUGCUGUGCUGUCCUGGCCAGGAUGCUCCAGAGCCCCAAGCUAGAUGCAAAUGUCCAGGGAGCCACUUCCUGUCCCCAGUGACUCAUGGCCAGGGAAGCACUGGCAUCCUGCUCUAGGAAGGGUCACUCACCUGCCAUGCCCUGCAGGGAAGGUGAACACAGGGCUGUGGAAGGAGCCGGGACAGCAACACAUUGCUGGGCAUGUGGAAAAUAAACAAGACAUCACCUGGACUACAAUAACAACUGUGGAGAGAUGGAGUGAAGCACUGGUGUCCCACAUGCUGCCUCCACCCCUUAGUGGAGUUUGCCUCUUGGUCUGACAUCCACGGACAUUUCAUGGGCUGGGCUGGAAGCACGGAGUAUGAUGUGCCCAUCACAAAAAGCUUAAUGGCUAUUUCCAUGGGAGAUUUUCACUUUCCACCUCUGUCAUGCUUGUAUUGAGACACUUUCGCCAUUCACCAAAUAAGAGAAAAACUUUCUUUCCACUCUGCUUAUCCUCUCUGGAAGCAGCUCGCAUUUGGGUACAGGACAGGAGAAGGCAAGGACAUUCAUGUGGUUAUAAUACAUUUCCUGGUUAAUCCAGGCUCUGUUGCUGUUAAACUCUGGUCUUGACCCUGCUGAGGACUUAAUGCUGAUUGUGGGAAGGCUGUCUCAGAUUUUUCAGGCCUUUUCUAGCUCACCACCACUUUUUCUGAGUUGCCACUAAUAAGAACUGAGUCGGAUGCUUUUUAAAAAUGGUAGCAGACAGAGGUUAAUGCACAGAGUACAAGACAAGUACAGGAAGAUGAUGUGUAUUUUCAGGACCUGUCUCACACAAAUGCAAUCUAUAUACAUACAUGUGCUAAUGAAAGUCAUUAUCCUUUAUGGGACCUGUGUGGCCACUGCCAUGUCCCCAUGGGUAAGAACUGUUGAAAACACAAAGCUACCCUUGUCACAGAAAGCCAUGAAGUGAAAAUCAUCAAGGUUUCUUUGACUUAUCCAGAAUAUUUGGAUACCAGAAAACUCAGCAGAAAGCAUCAUAUCCACAUAACCACAUCAAGACCUGCAUCUGGGAAAGAUGGAAGACGAAAAGUCUCUCACUUGUCAGCUUCUACAAAGGAAAUUAGGAAGGAGAAAGCAGAAAGCUGAAGCAGCAGAGCCUCUUGCAUACCCUGGAUUUAUGACCUGGGACUUCUGUUCUCCACUUAAGCCUCCCAAAGGAUGUGCUGAGGACUUUUUCCACAGAGUCACCUCUGAGGAGCGGAGUGAGCCUGUCAUCGAGGGUAAAAGUUGUGAUCUCUGUCAGCAAAACCGUUUCAUGAGGCUAUGACUGGAAUUAGGCGGGUUGUGUAUUGUAAAAUAAACUUCUCAUUGCUGCGGUAUUUGAAGGGGAAUCCCGGGGAAGCGGAAGCUUCGAGCGGUGCUGUAAAGGCGCCGCUUGGCUCCAUCUGGAGGCGGCAGCUGAGAUGACAGACAGCGCCUGCGGCUGGAAGCGAAGCUGAGCGCAGAGCGAGAGCCUGCUCCUCUGCCCUGGGCCCAAUAUGUGCCCAGUCAAGGCAGGUCUGUCACUGCUUCUCUUUAUAUUCAAAUAUAAUGAUCAUUGAGGAUGCGAUGGUUUCUGUACAUUUGCACCUUUACGGUGGGAGGAAUUUCUAGUCCUGCUCCCUGUUGGUUUUCCUGAAAGGAGCUCUGGAGCUUCGAUGGCUUUCUCAGCACAGCAUGAGAGGAGACAUUGAGAAGCCUCUUACUGAGCCUCCAGCCUCCAGCCUCCUGCCCCUGGCAGCCUGUGUGACCCCUGCUCACUACAGAGUCCUGCAGGAAAACAGAAGUUUGCAAUCAGAGUAAGCAAGCAGGGAAAUUCCUAACAACUGAAAUCCUCCUGGCACUAGUCUGAAAACUUCAAGAUUUCCACAUGGGAUUUGUACUCAUGCCAUGAACAAACUGAGGCAUGAGAGGGCAUGAGAGGUAUUGAGGUUUGACUUAAAUUCAGAAUAUAGAAUUCCAUAUCUGGGAUGAGGGUGGAUGUUGGCUCUGAAGGCCCAUGACUGCUACCUUUUUCUUUUCCUCCCUGGUGACAUUUUUGCAUUGAACUAGAUCAUCACAGCACCAGAGACCAACAGGUUAACCACCAAGGGGCCUGGGAUCUACACCAAGACACUUUAUAAUUGCUCCCUGUUAAGGCAUAAACCAUUGCACAGGAAUAAUUGUGUGUGUGCACAUGGGAGCUCCUCUCUGUGUCCCUCAGCAGUGCUCAAAACUUCUGCCCUGGAGAACAAGUUUUGAGUCGUUUUUCUAAUCCCUAUUUUGGUGAAACCUGCCAUGAUACCUGCCUGCCCUGGCAGUCCAGGGCUCCAGUCACCUGCAUGUCCCUUGUGCACAGCCCCAUUUCUCUGCAGUCAGGCAUGACAAGAGCCGUAGCGGUGCGGGGCGGAUUGGCUGCAGCGGCUCUCGUGGGCGCUCUCACCCUCCUCCUGACCCCUGGCAGGUGAGCACUGCUCCUGCAGCCACCACUCCCAGAUGGCAUCUGCACAAGGAGGAGGUCCUGCCCUUCAUGGUCACUGCGACAGGGUGCUGGGUAUCUGGGACACUGAGACUCUGUCUCUACCCCGGCUUUAGGAUCAAGGCUGGGCGCUCUUGUUCACGCUCCCCUGGAUGUGCUGAGCGCCUGCUGGCAUGAGGUUUUUCCUCCAAUAUGUGGGUUGCUUUUUUGCUUUUUUCUCUGCUGGGUUUUUGGUAAUAUCUACCUGGACAGACUGCUGGAUGGUGAAUGCUGAUGACUCCCUGGAGGUGAGUACAAAAUGCCGUGGCCUGUGGUGGGAAUGUGUCACAAACGUUUUUGAUGGGAUCCAAACUUGUGAUGAGUACGACUCCAUCUACGCUGAGCAUUCUGUGAAGCUGGUGCUGACCCGAGCCAUGAUGAUAGCAGCAGACAUCCUGUCAGGACUUGGAUUUCUCUUCCUGGUCCUGGGACUAGAUUGUGUGAAAUUCCUUCCCGAUGAGCCUCUCAUCAAGCUGCGCAUCUGCCUGGCAUCUGGGGUUAUGUUGCUCCUUGCAGGUCUCCCUGGCAUCACGGGCUCCGUGUGGUACGCUGUGGAUGUCUACGUGGAGCGCUCCUCUCUGCUCUUCCACAACAUCUUCCUGGGCAUCCAGUACAAGUUUGGUUGGUCCUGCUGGCUCGGCAUGGCAGGGUCAUUUGGCUGCUUCUUGUCUGGCUCCCUGCUCACCUGCUGCAUGUAUCUCUUCAGAGAGAGCAGCUCUGGAAGACUGCAUUCUGCCUACCCCUUGAGGAAAGGCUACUCCUCAGCCAUGACCGUCGUAACAAACGCGCAUUUGCCGUACUCGCAAACAGCCACCUCCAAAAUGUACGCCGUGGACACAAGGGUGUGAGGAGGAGGGGAUUGCACAGAGACUCAAGCUCUUGUGGUUGUGAUACAGAUGCAGUUGAAUUUCAAGGAUCUACUGUAUGCCACAAUGUUCGCAUUAUGAGAACUUCAGAAUACCUUUCCUCCAAGAAAGUAAACUCUGAGAAGAUCCUGCUUCCUGCAAUCCUCUUGUCUUGGAUGCCAAGGCCACUUGCGUAAGCACGGACUGAAAUAACCAACACAAACUCUUUUCAGCAUUUGUCUCGACACUAUUGGUAGAAGUGAGAUAAAUCAGCCAGUCCUGAAUCAGACAGCAGUGUUCUGCAUGAAGAUCCCCAAACUGCAAGAAGGAUCUGUGCCAUCCUGGCAACGUGGCAACAGAGUGUACAAAGGAGAAGAUCCUGGCAAAAGGAAGGACAGACUGACCUACAUCUGGACCCUGUGCACUCAGCAGGGGGGUCUGCCCCUCUUACAGGCAGCUGGGGGGUUUUUAGGAGAUAAGAGCUGUGUUAAAUGUCUGACCCUGUCUUUGGUCCAUGAACCUCCGCACUGAGAAAAUACUGUAAAUGCAGGUGCAUUCUUCCCUGAAAAAUACAGUCUUUCUCAAUCAGUGUUAAAAGGUACACUACAGAUGCUCUAAACUCACUGAAAUCUGGAAAUUGCCAGCUUCAUUCUGCUUAAUAAAAACAUUGC